AUGAUUGCAUAUGAAUUGGCUCCUGACACAUAUACUGAAUUUGUGGUUUGCACUUAUAUUUAUUUCAUGAGUUUACUCAUUAGUGGAGCCGACGACGUAAUUGAGCUGCGAUCUCAUAACAUAAUUUCUAACUUCUGUGAUUCCAAUGAGGAAGUUGCAAAAUUCUUCAACACUAUGGCUUCUGCUGUCUUAGAUGCCAACGUUGCUAUCAUUCAUGAAGUUUGUUAUCAAAUUGAAAAGCACUCCACUAGCAAGGCAAAAACUUGGAUGGCUCAAGUACUGCAUGAUCAUUUCAGUUCUCCGGGACUACUUCGGCCUUUUUUCCCUCAAUAUUUCUUAUUAUCUUAA